UUCUUCUUCUUCUUCUAUAAUUCUGGACAAUGGGUGGCCAUGUCUCCAAACAGGUGCAGCGCCGGAAGGCGCUCUCCGCCGAGAAGAAGCUUCUUACAGGUCUGCAACAAAACUCCAGCAACGAAUUCCCUGGUUCAGACUACCGUCCAUCCGAUAGGACGAAUUGGAUGCAAGGCCUCAACCCUCAGAGAAUUCACAUAAACCAAAUCGUUUGGCCCGGCACCCAUGACUCGGCAACCAAUAAAAUCGGCAUCCCAUGCAUCUCUCGUCCCUUUGCCCAGUGCCAAUCUCUCUCCAUCUACCAUCAGCUCGUCAAGGGCACCCGAGUCUUUGACAUCCGAGUCCAACAGGAUCGCCGGGUCUGCCAUGGUAUCCUCAAGACUUACAGCGUAGAUGUCGUCAUCAAUGACAUCAAGAAGUUCCUCGGGGAGACCAAAUCGGAGAUCAUAAUCCUCGAGGUACGCACCGAGUUCGGGCAUCAAGACCCGCCCGAGUUUGACAAGUACCUAGUGGAUCAACUCGGUGAGUUCUUGAUCCACCAAGAUAACCGAGUUUUUGAGAAGACCGUGGCCGAUUUGCUGCCUAGACGUGUUAUAUGUGUAUGGAAGCCCAGAAAGUCUCCUCAGCCCAAGGCCGGAGGCCCAUUGUGGAGUGCCGGGUACUUGAAGGAUAGUUGGAUCAACACCGACUUGCCAUCGACCAAGUUUGAUAGCAAUCUCAAGCAUUUAAGUGAGCAACCGGUAGUGUCGAAGAGGAGAUUCUUUUACAGAGUGGAAAACACAGUUACACCUCAGGCCGACAAUCCGGUCGUAUGUGUUAAGCCGGUGACCGGUAGGAUUCAUGAUUAUGGGAGGCUAUUCAUUGCGCAAUGCUACUCUCAUGGUUGUGCAGAUCGAUUGCAGAUCUUCUCGACGGAUUUUAUCGAUGACGAUUUCGUGGAUGCUUGUGUUGGCCUUACACAGGCUAGGAUAGAAGGCAAGGCCUGAGAACGUUUAAGAUCAUGAGCUGAUG